AAGGAGGCGGUGCACGACUCCGACGGCCCAGACACAGACGCAAACAGCGGUAGUACAAGCAAAAAUGGUAGUCCCACAGGUUCACUACUGCGCAUUGCACUAGUGCAUGCUGGUGGAUGGAAGUUUGAUUGGAGGUAGACAUCAGCCACGAGAGGCUGUUCUAGCGUUGUGAUUCGAUAGUUCAGAUUUCGUACUUCCUUUUCAAAGACAAUGCACUGAAAGCGCCAAUCGCUAAUGCGAAAGAAGUGGUUGUUUUCACGGUAAAUAACUUUCAGUACCUAAUUAAUUAGUCAGUUUUUACACUGUGGUUCAGUCAUUUACAGUAAAUACCACCACCUUGGGACAUUUACAACCAUCCAAGUGUCGGAUCAUCAGCACUAACAAGGAAAUGUCUGCAUCUCUCUGCUGUUUCCUGUCUGUGGGGUUCCUCGUGUUUGUCUCUGCAGAACAGAAAAACAUCACAGCUGAGUCUGGACAGAACGUCACUCUGACAUGUCGAGCUCCAAACAACAAGAUCAUAGUUGUAGAGUGGAACAGACCUGAUCUCGGAGAAGAAUAUGUACUUUAUUACAAGGGUGAGCAAUUUAUUAAAGACAACCAGCAUCCAUCUUUUAAGAACCGUGUCAAUCUGCAGGACAGACAGAUGAAGAAUGGAGACGUGUCUUUGAUUCUAAAGAAUGUGACGACAGCUGAUGCUGGAACAUACGAGUGUCAUGUCUUCACGAGAGAAACCGGCUUAUGGAAUCUAAGCAUCAUCAACCUGAGUGUUGUUGAUCCUCCAGGUCCGACAGGAGGAGACACAGAGGAUGGAGGGAAGACCAAUGGAGUCAGUAGCAGACAUCCUGGACCAGUAGUGUUCUGUCAUUUGCUGUUUCUGUCGUUGUUGUGGCUGCUAUUUUGAACAGUACAAAACAGAAAAAAUACCUCCUCUCCCUCCACCUCAUGAUGAAUAUAAUUUCCAACAACUUAUUUGAAAGAAAAAGCACUUUACAAAUUUAAUUAGUUUAAAAAAACUACUGUAAUGUAGCGUAGCAUCAUCGUAGCAAAAUCACAGUGAAAACACCAGCAGCAGUAAAGACACAUCUCAGCAUUCCUGGAAAUUCCUGUGAAAAUGUCAUUGAAUUGAACGAGUCAGAAACAAACAGACCUGAUAAGGGAGCGAUCACUCUGCUAACACGAGUGUCGCAGUGUGCUAGUGCAAUAUCACUAAUUAUCUGACUGCAUUAUCCUGAAAUAUCUGUCUAAUAGCUGAUCUGUAGGAAACAAACACAAAACACUAUUUAUUGUCAGAUCAAAGUAACUGUUACUGUGCAAACAUUUUUUUAAGCUGGCUGUGGGAGGCUGCAGGUAGUGAUAAUGUUGAUAUUGCAUAUUGUAACAUUCAAACAUCAAUGUAAUACAUGUCAGAUCUCCACAAGUCCAUUAAUAGCUGCUCCAGUUUGAUUUCUAAAAGAUCUGAGAGAAUUAAGGAGAUGCAUCUUUGUAUCUCUCCUCUAAUCGAUCAAGUCCUGCUCUGUUUCAUUAACAUUUCAGUGUCAGUGCUUGGCUCUGAAUAAUUAGGAUGGGGAGCUUCAGGUAGGACAAGCCAACACUCUUCUGCCAGUUAUGCACUUGUUCUGAUGUAAUUUCCUGUCAUCAUUCAAAUUAAAAGAACACUCUUAGGAGCAGCUAUUAUAACCACUACCUGAGGAACAAAAUAACUUGUGUUUGUCUGUGUAAAUGCAAUACAAUUUCAAGUACAUUGAGUGCUGCAAACAUUAAUUUAAUGAGACAAACAUGGUUUUUUGUUGUCCUAAUUUUUUGUAUUGUGAAUGGAAAACUCCUAUAAAUGCAUAUGCAAUAUGAACAACAGCAAAAAAAUCAAAAAUCAAAUAGCUGACACUGUGCCUCUUUCGUGAGACCUGACAGUAGAUUUUUAAUUCCAAAGUAGGUUCAAGUAGGUUUUUGCGUAGACUGUUAGUAAAGCAUGUAAGCUCCUCCCAUCAGAGAGGUGCUAUAGAACACACUGCAAAAGCUGAAAUACCUCAAAAAUGGAGUCGUUAUGAACUAUGUGCAAUUUGAUUAUGAAACAUUGCAGGGAAUUAUUAAUAGAUUUAAUUUAAUUUAUGUGCAAUACUGAUGCUUUAUUCAUGAUGUCUAUGUGCUCUUGUCAAAUGCCUUUAAAUUUCUUCUUCUUAAUAUUGGUCUAAGGAGUUUGCAAAGAAAAGCGUCUGGACUUCUUUAAGUUGCUUGAAGACGUUUCACCUCUCAUUCGAGAAGCUUCUUCAGUUCUAAGGUCAA